UAACAAGUCGAGUUCUCUAAACUAACAAAAUGUAUAAAAAUAGUGCACCGAAACGCACAGGCAUUUAUCGUGUCAAGGGCGACAUCAACGAUUUCCAGCUGGAGCUGAAGUUACGGCACGUGAGCGAAUGGCUGCCCGUGCCAAAAUUUGAAUAUACUGGCGCGAAAAUUGAGUACGCUGACCACUAUCCAGAGACUGCGAGCAGCAGCGGCUGGUCGGACUGUUUCAUCUUUGUGCCGUACGAAGAUCAGUACGGCAAUAACUAUUACACCUACUACAACUACUAUAAUCCGGGCAGCGAUUAUCCAAGCAGCAGCAUUCGCACCACCAGCCGCAGCAGUCGUCCCACCAGUCGUACAAGCCGCAGCAACAGCAGCCUACACAGCCUACGUAGCCUGCGCAGCUACCCCAGCACUUCCCUCAGCAGCUACCCUAGCAGCUACCCCAGCAGCUACCCCAGCAGCUUGUUCAGCAACAGUCAGUCGGACUUCAUCACUUACCAGCAGCAGGAGCUGUCGUCCGACGACACAGAAUUUCAAAUUCAGAAUCCGGAACUGUGCAGUGGGGCAACGGCCAAUGUUUGCAUUAGCUGGCAGCAAAAGUGCUUCAGUCGCGAGGAGGUGGAGCGCUAUAGCGACCCGAAGAGCUGCCAGACCUCGUUGCAGCGUCGCUAUCAGCGCUGGACGCGCGGGAUUGUGGAGCUGCAGCAGCGCCAUCAGGAGCGGCUGCAGUACGUGGAGUACAGACAGCGCGUGCGACGUCGCCGUCAUAACAAAUCCUCGAGAUCGUCCAGGUCAAAGUCAUCGCCGCUCUCCGAUCUCAGUCUGGAUGAGCUGCCGCCGCUGCCCGAGGACCCGGACUUUGCCACUCGCACCUGCCUCAUCCACACGCUCAUCGAUGCGGAUCUGCGCGAGCUCGCGCCCGGCGACCCUCGGCUGCCAGACGAGGCGCACGAGCUGCUGCAGCAGGGCUGCCAGCUGAUGUACGUCUAUGCCCAGUUGCAGGAGGAUACGUUGUUGCUCUCGCUGCGCUACGACCCGACCAUGGAGCUGCUCUAUGUGUAUCCCGACUUCAGUCUGAGCGUGGAGGACAUGGAGUACGUGGUGCAGAUUAACAACGACUGCCGGCAGCUCUAUGCGUAUGGCUUUGAGAACGUAACCGUGGUGAACGUGCUCGACCAGCAGCUGGAGCAGAUGCAAGCGUAUAUCGGGCCUGUAGGCCCGCUGCAGCUGAGCCUCGACCCGGGAUUACUGGACCUGCCGCUCGUCUUGGACUCGCUGCCCGGCUCUGAGACCAGCGCCGAGCAGCUGGUCAACUACUAUCAGCAGCAGCGCUGCAGUGGAUCGGUUCAGCGGCGCCUGCUGCAGUUCCAGCAGCCACCCAAGCGCAUGCGGCGCGUCGUCUUCCUGCUGCAGCUGCACGAGGCGCAGGACUUCGAGUACCCCAACAUCCAUGUGCGCUACUAUGUCAAUCCGCCGGCGCACACAAUACUGGAGCCAGGAAAUCCGCGCGAUCCAUUCCCGCUGCGCGGCGCCACAUCCACCUGUAUGGGGGGCGGAGCUGACCGCGUGGCUCUGUUCUCGCACUGCUGGCAGCUCACGCUGCUCUGCGAGGAGUCGUAUCAGCCGGACCAGCUGCUGCACAUCUACUUCGAGGUGAUCAGCAUCGACAGGUGGCAGCGUGAGCGCUGCGAGGGCUACGCCCACUUCGCGUGCUCGCUGCUGGCGCCGCUGCCCGCAGGCGUAGUGACCGGGCUGCGGCUGCAGUGCAUCCGGCCCAUGGGCACCUGGCUGGAUGCCCUCAAUCGCUACUUCAUCGGCGGCCGCUCGCUGUUCGACUUCGUCGGCUACUUCAAGAGCCGAUCCUGCGGGAAUGCGCUGCACAGCCGCAUGGAGCUGGAGCGAGAGCACGUGAUGCGCAGCACGGGAACCCUGAUCUUCAGCAUGCAGAAGGUGCAGCAGCGCCACCAGCCCUACGGCUACCACCUGAUCCGGGAGCACAGCGACGACGACGACGAUGACRGCCAGUUUAGCCACGAGCCCAAGGCGACCAUCUCGACCACGCUGCAGGAGGUGAUGGCUGCCUACGUCGAGGCCAGGGACCGCAUCGCGGCGCUCUUAGGCAAGUCAAGCGAGGAGAGCUAGAAAGCAAUCUUGCAUGAAUCUCUCAUA